UGUUCGCUCACGCAGCAGGUGGCCGACCUCGCCGAGGAGGCGGGCGCCGUCUGCUGCAUCUGCCGCGAGGGGUACAAGUAUCAGCCCACUAAGGUGCUCGGUAUCUACACGUUCACGAAACGAUGUCCAGUGGAGGAGUAUGAGGUUCGCGCGCGUAAGACGCUCGGCUAUACCACGGUCUCGCACUACAACAUCGUGCACGUCGAGUGUCACAUGGCUGCUGUCCGACUUGCACGCGCCAGAGAUGAGUGGGAGAGCGCAGCGCUUCAGAACGCGUCAACGCGAUGCAACGGUUUGUUGCCACUAUGGGGCCCGCACGUGCCCGAAUCGGCGUUUGCUAGCUGCCUCGCGAGGCACACGACUUACCUGCAGGAAUGCACCCAACAUCGCGACAUCGGGCACACGUGUACCCUGCACGACCUGAAGCUACUGCUGCUGCGAUUCGCACGCGGCCGCACCUUCCACGAUGACACGGGCGGCGGCGGCCCGCUCUCCAACAUGCAGCUCGUGCCUGCGCUCGUGCACAUGGCGCUAUACGUCAUCAACACGUCGCGCGUGGCGGCGCGCGAGGCGGCGGCGCUGGAGGGCUCGCUGGGCUGGGCGGCGCCGCGGCUGCUGGAGGCCGCGCACGACGCCGAGGGGCCGCUCUACUACCUCGCGCUCACGCUCAUGCUCUACCCGCACGCCAAAUGGCGCUCGUUACGCGUGGAGUCGUUGCGGCGCGUGAUAACGAUAGCGCAAGCACGCGCGGCGGCGCCGGGCGGGCCCGCGCUGCGAGCGCUGCCGCCCGACCACCGCGCGCCCAAGCCCUGGCCCGACUACAAGCCCUACGUCACCUUCGUCGCCGUCAUCGACCAGCUAUACAACGUUAUGUUCAAAAACGUAACCGCUACAACAGUCGACCAAUGGCCUAUAAAGUUGGCCGAAUACAUACGCCACAACGACGAGGCGAACGCCAAAGCCGCAGAGAAGAUCGUCACGACUCUCACAGACGAACUGCUGCCUUGUUCGUCGUUCGCCGAAUUCUGCGACGCAGCUGGCUUCCUCGAAGACAUACCCGACCCCGAUGCCUUCCUUCAAACACUUAUAGACGAGCUACCUUGAGGAAGGCCUUUCGUGCCACACUGCCUUGGCUACAAUGGAUGCAUGGCUACUUAACAUAUAUUUUGAAUAAACAUUUGAAAUACACAAUUUUUAUUCAAACCUCCUUAUUCAUAAACAUAUCUCAUAGAUUUAUUUUAGCUGUUUAUUGUUUUGCUUCUUUUGUGCUUAGUUCUCAAUUUAAAAAAUAGUCCAAUAUUUAAAAUGUGUUUUUGUGAACAAGAGAUAAUUCUAUAUAUUAUCUAUGUGUUAGGUAUUAUAUAGGAUUAGAAUAAACGAUUGUGUAGUUUAAAACAGUUCAAUUUGUCAAAUUGAUCCAUGCGAGGUUUGUCUGAAUCAAUUCGUCAACACAUCCCUUUCACUGUUCUAGGUCAUGGCUCAGUCUUGAAUAUAUAAUUCCACAUUAAUAAAUGUCAUAUGUAACAAUGUUAACAUCAUAUUUAAUAAUUACUCAUAAUGUACGCUUGUAGUUAACUAAAUUGUUUUGUCUAUGUAUCCAUUUGUAUUUGGUAUUUAAAAAGUGCUUUUUCGGUUUUUAUGUCAAUAUAUAGUUUCGGCUUCAAAA